CAGGGGCGAGGGCCCUGGGAGCAGCACACCGGCAUCCCAGCUCACACAGCCAGCUUGCCUCCACUCUGCUCUCUGACGCUGCCCUGCCCCGUUCCCUGGAACAACCCCAACACCUACCCCACCCUCAGGCUGCCUGAUCUGGCCAGCUUUCCCCAGGAUUUCAGCUUCUGAUUGUUGGUCACUCCCCUCUCUCUCCAGGCCCCACUCCCAUCCGCCUUCCUCUAGAUUCUCUUCCUUCACCUCCCUCUUUGUAGAACCCCUCUUUUGUCCCGCCUACCCUUUUUCUGACCUCCUCCCUGUGGAGGGCUUAGGGUGGCCCAGGCCAUAGGGGAGAUGUGGGAGACACAGUUCCUGGUCUUGCUGCUUCUGCAACUGCUGUGGGUGGCUCCAGUGGAGGCUUCAGGGCCUGAGGCAAAGAUUCCGGUGGUGUGGGCCCAGGAGGGGGCCCCUGUCCGACUCCCCUGCAGCCCCAAAAUCCCCCUCAACCUUCUGCGAAGUGCAGCGGUCACUUGGCAGCACCAACCAGACAGCGGCCCGCCCGGCCCGGCCCCCGGCCUCUCCCCUACCCCUGGGCCGCCCUCCCCUCCGGGGUCCGGACCCCGCCGCUACACUGUGCUGAGCGUGGCCCCGGGAGGCCUGCGCAGCGGGAGGCAGCCCCUGCAGCCCCGGGUGCAGGUGGCGGAACGCGAUCUCCAACGCGGAGACUUCUCGCUGUGGCUGCGCCCAGCCCGACACGCCGACGCCGGCGAGUACAGCGCCACCGUGCGCUUCAGGAACCGCGCCCUCGCCUGCCGCCUCUGCCUGCGCGUGGGCCAAGCGUCGAUGACGGCCAGCGCCCCAGGACCUCUCAGGACCUCCGAGUCAGUCGUUUUGAACUGCUCCUUCAGCCGCCCUGACCUCCCAGCCUCUGUGAGCUGGUUCCGAGGCCUGGCUCGGGACCCUGUCCAGAAGUCCCCCCAGCACCACUUGGGUGGAAGCUUCCUCUUCCUGCCUCAAGUCAGCCCCUCAGACUCUGGGCCCUGGGGCUGCAUCCUCACCUACAGAGAUGGCUUCAUUGUCUCCAUCACGUACAACCUCACUGUUCUGGGUCUGGAACCCCCAACCCCACUGACAGUAUACGCUGGAGCAGGUUCCAGGGUUCAGCUGCCCUGCCGCCUGCCUCUUGCUUUGGGGACCCAGUCUUUCCUCACUGCCAAGUGGACCCGACCUGGGGGAGGCCGUGACCUCCACCUGGCUGGGGACAAUGGCAGUUUUACUCUUUGGCUAGAGGCCGUGAGCCUGGCCCAGGCUGGUACCUACACCUGCCGUGUCCAUCUACAGGGACAGCAGCUUAGCGCUACCAUCACUUUGGCAGUCAUCACAGUGACUCCCAAAUCUUUUGGGUUACCUGGUUCCCCGGGGAAGCUGCUUUGUGAGGUGACUCCAGCGUCUGGACAAGAGGACUUUGUGUGGACCCCCCUGAGCAAUCAGUCUCGGAGGAGCUCCCCAGGGCCUUGGCUGGAGAUACAGGAGGCCAGGCUCCUUUCCCAACCCUGGCAGUGCCAGUUGUACCAGGGCAAGAGACUUCUCGGAUCAGUGUUAUACGUCACAGAGCCAUAUGGCCCAGGUGCCCGACGCUCUGGAGGGGGCCCAGAUGCCAUCAGAACAGACCAUUUCCUCCCUCUUUUUCUCAUCCUUGGUAUCCUCUUGCUGCUCCUCUUUAUGACGGCAGCCUUUGGCUUUCAUCUUUGGAGAAGACCGUGGAGGCCAAGAAGAUUCUCUGCCCUAGAGAAUGGGAUUCAUCCUCCCCAGGCUCAGAGCAAGACAGAGGAGCUGGAGCUAGAACCAGAGCAAGAGAUGGAGCCGGAGCCAGAGCUGGAGCUGGAGCUGGAGUCGGAGCCGGAGAAGCCCUGACCUGGAGAUGAUGCAGUCAGCCCAUCUCAGCAGCUCAGUCUUUUCCCGCUGUCUCAGCCCACAAAUAAACUCCCUGUCAGCAGCAAGCCUGAGUCUGACUCCUUCUUGUCCAGUGAAGAUUCUUGUCUCUCCCCAGCCUCUAGGGCUCUCUUUUCCCACCCCAGCCUCCUAACCCACUUUCCCCAGCCAAUCUCUCUCAUUUUCCUAUUCCCAUCUUUCCUUUUUCAGCUUCUGGCCUCUCUGUUUCUUCCUUGGUCUCUCUUUUGCUCUCUCUCUCUCUCUCUCACCUGGGUAAUUUUUUUGAAGCUCCAAAAAAGCCCUCACCCGUUAUUAUCUCUACAGCCCUUCUCUCCUCCAUCUUUUCACCCAUAUCAUGCUGGCUGCCCUGAUUUCCUUUAUAUAUUUUUGUCUCUCUGCCCCACCCUACUCCACCCCACACUCAGCUGCACUUCAGCACCUGUCCGUGGCUCCCUGGCUGCAGCAGACACACACACAUACACUCACACCCACCCACCAACCCAGAGAGGAGCUCCUAGGCUAUGGAGGAGCCCUGCUGCCAUGUCAAGUCCUGGGCAGCUGGUUGAGGUUAUUACAGAUCUCUGCCCCACCCCCCACUUUCCUCAGCCCUUAGCAAUUUGUCUGGUCCCAGGCAUGAGAACACACUGCCACCCAGUGGUCACUGCUCACCACACAUCACCGGAGGUCAGUGGGCAGGCAGGUGGGAGGAAAUUGAACACUGCAGUGGACUCAGGCCAAGCACUCACCCAGUGUGUGCAAGACACUGCCUUUGUGGCACGCCCUGUUGAUGUUCAGCACAAGACUGUGUACGUAGCAGCUGUCACGCGGCCUGCGCACCCUUCCGUAGAGAGACUGUACAAUGCAUGCCUCAGGAGAUACAGCCCUGGCCCUGGCAAGUUCAUAAUCCAAGUCUGACAAAGGGGAGUUCUGUGAACAAAGGCCACAGGACGUGGGGAGGAAAACAUCCAGAGAGACACUUGGCUGUUGUUGCAACUUUGGGAGUUAGGAGACCUGGCUUUUGAUAUGGCUCUACCACAGUUCCGAUGUGACCAUGGCCAAUCUCCCUUAGCCUCAGUUUCUUCACCUAUUAAAUGAGAUAAUGAUAAUAAUCCACCAAAACGGGUUGUUGCAAAUAUCAGGUGAAAAAGGGCUUUGAAAGCUGUGAGGUGCUCCGUGUAUGUGAUGUGCUUGUCUGAUUACCCACUGAUGAAGGAGAAGGGAGGCAAAUAAUGAUAUAGAAGACUCAUGAACCUGCCCCUGCCCCCGUGUGCCUCUCUUGGAGAGAACAUUUGUGUGGACCAUGCAGACCAUCCUUUUAGCAGAGAACGUACACAGCCUCAGCCCACAGCACCCCCACAGUCUGGCAUGGGGACCUCUACCUCUGCCUGCAAUGAGCACAGGGUAUUGGACUUUGGCUGCAGACAGCUCUUUUCGGGAACUUUAACCCUGUACAGGAGAAAGAAAAAGUAUUGAAAGAGAGCGAGAGCGAGCUUGCAGGAGGCAUACUGUGCUACAUAUAUACGUGUUGUGGCAGAUGUCCUAUCAGGUGUACCCUGGGCCUGGGUGUCGUAAGCUAACUGACACAAAGAGACUAGCACGAGGCUGAAGACUGUCUCUGUGGAGACACUACGGCCAGAAACUUGAGGGCGAAGAAUGGAAUAAGUGACCUUUUUGCUCUGUGCAAAGCCUUAAGGAGAUAGGGGGCACCCUCUGAAGCCUAAAUAAUGAGACAUUUGAGGCAAUCUGAGACUCUGAGCUUUAGGAAGGUGUUUUCCCUUGCCUGAUCACAGGUGGAGAAACAGUGGCACAGAAAGGAGGAGUCUGUGGUGCUUAUCAGAGGGUCACACUAUGAGAUGAAGGCCUGAAAUCCCCUUUAGAAACCUUCAAAGCAAUAUUUCCACCGUUUGUGGUUGGCUGGGUGGGGAUAGGUGCUGAUGGGGUCUCUUCAGCUCUGCCCCAGGAUUCCGUUCUCCAAAGCCUUAGUAGAAGCCCUCAUGUUUUAAUGGGGCAGGGGUUUCCCGGAAAGUUCUGUGGGUGGCAUUUCCCCUUUCUAUUAGAUAACAUCCUAUGCCCUUUGAGUUUAUGAAGUAGUCAUUGAAGAUUCACUGGGGCCCAGGCAGGGACUUCCCCUCUGCUCCUGCAAGAAGGGGGACAGGGAGGGGACAGGCAGAAUGAAGGGCCACCUGGUUCCCCCACCCGCUAGGGAAGAGAACAAAGAAAGGAAGGAAGAGGGGUUUUGGGGGUUUGUGCAUACAGUGCUUCCUUUAUUAAUUCUUACUCCCUUUCUCUAUAGGUUCUUCCCUAAGGAGUGAGACAUUCCUGCUCUUCCCCCCUAAAGCACCGUUUCCCAUUUAAAAAACCAAAAACCAAACCCCUUGCCAUUAGCUCAUAGCAACCCUAUAGGACAGAGUAGGACUGCCCCAUAGGGUUUCCAAGGAGUAGCUUCUGGAUUGGAACUGCCAAUCUUUUGGUUAGCAGCCAUAGCUCUUAACCACUGUGCCACCAAGGCUCCAUUUCCCAUCUAGCAGCAUAAAACCUCUAGGUCUCCCAGGGAACUAGGUGGAUUCAUUCUGUACCUCUAAGUUUAUCCACAAACCAGUGUUCCAGGCUGGGCUCCUGGAGGGGAAGAGGCACCAAGGAGGGAGGGAGCUCAGGGAGCUUCCGUGGGUGGGCAAUCAUCUUAGGUCCUUGUUAAGGAGGAAGGAGAGAGUAUUAGUUAUCUAUUGCUGUGUAACAAAUCACCCCCAAAUGUAGCCGUUUAAAACAACAAACGUGUUGUCUCACACAGUUUCCGAAGGUCAGGAAUCCAAGAGUAUUUUAGUUGGGUCUUUCUGGCUCAGGAUCUCACAAGACGUAGGCUGAGGCCACAAUCAUCUGAAGGCUUGGUUGGGGCUGGAGGAUCCACUUCUAAGAAGCUCAUUCACACGGUUGCUUGUCAGAGGCCGUAGUUCCUCCUCACAUAGGUCUCUUCAUAGGGCUGUUCAGAACAUGGCUGCUGGCUUCUCCCAGAGAGAGAGAGUGGCCAAGACAAAGCCACUAAGCUUUCAUAACCUAAUCUCAGAAAUGGCACACCAUCACUUCUGCCCUAUUCUAUUGGUCACUGUGAUGUUGUGUGUCAACUUGUCUGGGCCAUGAUUCUCAGUGGUUUGGAAAUUAUGUAAUGAUGAAGUUUGGCACUUACGUAAUGUUGUAGUCAUUCUCCCUUUGUGAUAUAAUGUAAUCACUUCCAUGAUUUGAUCUGAUGUGACCAGCCAGUCAGUUGUAAGGGGAGUUUCCUCAGGGCUGUGGCCUGCAUCCAAUAUAUAUGGUGAAGUGCCUGUUCAUAUCCUUUGCCCAUUUUUUAAUUGGGUUGUCUUUUUGUUGUUGAGGUUUUGCAGUAUCUUGUAGAUUUUAGAGAUUAGACACUGAUCGGAUUUGUCAUAGCCAAAAAUUUUUUCCCGGUCUGUAGGUUGUCUUUUUAUUUUUUUGAUGAACUCUUUUGAUGAGUAUAAGUGUUUGAUUUUUAGGAGCUCCCAGUUAUCUAGUUUCUCUUCUGGUGUUUGUGCAUCGUUAGUAAUGUUUUGUAUUCUGUCUGUGCCACGUAUUAGGGCUCCUACUCUUGUCCCUAUUUUUUCUCCAUGAUCUUUAUCGUUUUAGAUUUUAUAUUUAGGUCUUUGAUCCAUUUUGAGUUAGAUUUUGUGGAUGGUGUGAGGUAUGGGUCUUGUUUCAUUUUUUUGCAGAUGGAUAUCCAGUUAUGCCAGCACCAUUUAAAAAAAAUUUUUAUUGUGCUUUAAGUGAAAGUUUAAAAACCAAGUCAGUCUCUCAUACAAAAAUUUAUAUACACCUUGCUAUAUACUCCUAAUUGCUCUCCCCGUAAUGAGACAGCCCACUCCUUCCUUCCACUCUCUCUUUUCGUGUCCAUUCUGUCAGCUUCUGACCACCUCUGCCCUCUCAUCUCGCCUCCAGAUAGGAGAUGCCAACAUAGUCUCAAGUGUCUACUUGAUCCAAGAAGCUCAUUCUUCACCAGCAUCUCUUUCUAUCCCACUGUCCAGUCCAAUCCCUGUCUGAAGAGUUGGCUUUGGGAAUGUGCCGUGGGCUAGCAGAAGGUCUGGGGACUAUGACCACCGGGGUCCUUCUAGUCUUAGACCACUAAGUCUUGUCUUUUUAUGAGAAUUUGGGGUCUGCAUCCCACUGCUCUCCUGUUUCCUCAGGGGUUCUCUGUUGUGUUUCUGUCAGGGCCGGCAUCAGUUGUACCCGGGCACCCUUUAGUUCUCCUGGUCUCAGGCUGAUGUAUUCUCUGGCUUAUGUGGUCCUAUCUGUCUCUUGGGCUCAUAAUUACUUUGGGCCCUUGGUGUUCUUCAUUCUUCUUUGCUCCAGGUGGGUUGAGACCAAUUGAUACAUCUUAGAUGGCCACUCGCUAGCAUUUAAGACCCCAGAUGCCACUCUCCAAAGUGGGCUGCAGAAUGUUUUCUUAAUAGAUUUUAUUAUGCCAAUUGACUUAGGCGUCCCCUGAAACCAUGGUCCUCAAACCCCCACCUCUGCUACGCUGGCCUUUGAAGCAUUCAGUUUACUCAGGAAAGUUCUUUGCUUUUGGCUUAGUCCAGUUGUGCUAUCCUCCCUGUAUUGUGUGUUAUCUUUCCCUUCACUUAAAAUAGUUCUUAUCUACUA